AUGGACGAGGUUAACGACGAGUGUCCAAUAAAGCAAGUGGAGCUAACGGUGCCCAAAACCGAUGAUCCGAACAUGCCUAUACUCACAUUCAGAAUGUGGGUUCUGGGAAUCAUUGCAUGUGUGGCAUUGUCUUUCGUGAAUCAAUUCUUUUGGUACAGAACGCAGCCUUUAAGUGUGGGUCCAAUAGCAGUGCAAAUUGCCGUAGUACCCAUUGGCCAUCUAAUGGCAAGAACAUUGCCAACACGUUUGUUCUUCAAGAACACGAGGUUUGAGUUCACGUUGAAUCCAGGGCCUUUUAAUGUCAAGGAACAUGUUUUGAUAACCAUAUUUGCCAAUGCCGGUGCUGGAACCGUUUACGCCACUCAUAUUUUGACUGCUGUCAAGUUGCUCUAUAGAAGGCCUCUAGCCUUUUUUCCUGCUUUCCUUAUUAUGCUCACCACGCAGAUGCUAGGUUUUGGUUGGGCUGGGCUUUUUAGAAAGUAUCUGGUCGAGCCAGGGGAAAUGUGGUGGCCUUCUAAUCUGGUUCAAGUCUCCUUAUUUGGGGCUCUACAUGAGAAGGAAGAAAGAGUAAAAGGCAGCACAACCCGAACUCAAUUUUUCAUCCUUGUCUUGUUCUCUAGUUUUGCUUAUUGUGUCUUUCCAACCUAUAUUUUCAACAUAUUGUCAACAGUGUCUUGGGUGUGUUGGAUUGGCUCCAAGUCUAUACUUGUCCAACAAUUGGGUUCUGGCAUGAAGGGUCUUGGAAUUGGUUCUUUUGGGUUGGAUUGGACAACAAUUACCUCUUACCUUGGGAGCCCUCUAGCUAGCCCAUGGUUUGCCACAGCCAAUAUUACUGCUGGGUUUCUUCUUAUAAUGUAUGUAAUGAUACCCAUAAGUUAUUGGAGAAAUACCUAUAAUGCCAAGUCUUUCCCACUAUUUUCAAGCAAGCUGUUCAUGGCAAAUGGAUCUGUAUAUGACAUUUCCCGCAUUGUUGAUUCCAACUUCCAUCUUAAUAGAGAUGCUUAUUCCAACAUUGGGCCUGUACAUCUCAGCACUUUCUUUGCAAUGACAUAUGGUCUUGGAUUUGCUACCCUUUCUGCUACUGUCAUGCAUGUUCUUCUCUUUAAUGGAAGUGAUAUAUGGAAGCAAAGCAAAAGUGCCUUUGGGGGCAGUAAAAGAAUGGACGUACACACAAGACUUAUGAAGAGGUACAAAUCGGUCCCCACGUGGUGGUUUCUCAUAAUCUUGGUGGUGAACAUUGCUCUUAUCUUGUUUACUUGUGAGUACUACAAGGCAUCGUUUCAGUUGCCUUGGUGGGGUGUAUUACUAUCUUGUGCGAUUUCCGUUUCCUUUACUCUUCCAAUUGGCAUAAUUACAGCCACUACAAAUCAGCAACCAGGUUUGAACGUCAUAACAGAAUACAUCAUUGGUUACAUGUAUCCAGAGCGCCCUGUAGCCAACAUGUGCUUCAAGGUGUAUGGUUACAUCAGCAUGAGUCAAGCACUAACAUUCUUGCAAGACUUCAAACUUGGUCACUAUAUGAAGAUUCCGCCAAGAAUAAUGUUUAUGGCACAGGUGGUGGGAACCAUCGUAGCAGUGAUUGUAUACACAGUAACAGCAUGGUGGUUGAUGGGGUCAGUUCCUCACCUGUGUGAUGUCUCGAAACUGCCACCUAAUAGCCCUUGGACUUGCCCAAUGGACCAUGUGUUCUAUGAUGCAUCUGUUAUCUGGGGUCUUCUUGGGCCACGCAAAAUCUUUGGAGACCAAGGUGAAUAUAGCAAUGUGAAUUGGUUCUUCCUUGGUGGUGCCAUAGCACCGCUUCUAGUGUGGCUUGCUCACAAGGCAUUUCCAAGUCAAAAAUGGAUACGCCUCAUUCACAUGCCUGUAUUGUUGAGUUCCACAGCAGUUAUGCCUCCUGCAACUGCAGUGAACUUCACAAGUUGGAUAUUUGUUGGGUUUCUCUCAGGGUUUGUGGCAUAUAGAUACAAACCAGAGUGGUGGAAACGCUAUAACUAUGUCAUGUCUGGUGGUCUUGAUGCUGGAACUUCAUUCAUGGCAAUCUUGUUGUUCUUUGUUUUGGGAUCCACUAGCAUUCGCUGGUGGGGAAAUAAUGGAGAAGGGUGCCCCUUGGCUUCUUGUCCCACUGCCAAAGGCAUUGUUGUUGAUGGUUGCCCAGUUUUCUGA